GCACAUACAUUCGAUGGAUCAUUUUUGACCAAACACGCUCUUUACGAUGUCUCUGCCGUAUCCAUGAUUUGAACAGCGGCUCGGGUGUCUCCGUUGACUCAAUAACUCGGGAAGGCUAUGUCCGCGCAAGUUGACCCCAGCCCACAAGCUGAGAGCUCCCACAGUGGUCCUCCGGCAGUAGCAAGGCCAACCGCAGGCACAGAAGGCCGAAAUCGGCAGAAGGUCGUCGCUUUCAAGGUUUCUCACGUUUUGCUCAGCGUCUUCUUUCUCUGGCUUACAAUUGUUCAUGUUAUUGGCAUUCUCUUCUUUGCGAAAGGUUUCCUUCUCACCAGGCUCGUUCUGGACAACAAGUCCGAGUGUGCUGUACUUCCAGAUGGGCAACCGUCCAAAGAGACAAACGGAUGCUGGCAUCCAAAGACCUUCGAGCGAGCUGUGAUUAUAAUAGUCGACGCGUUACGAUACGACUUUACCGUUCCUUCCACAGGCAAACAUUUCCUAGACGAACCUCAACAGAAAUUCUACCUCGAUAAUCUGCCCGUUCUGUAUGACACUGCCGUUGCCCAGCCGGAGCAUGCAUUUCUACUACCUUUCAUUGCCGACCCUCCCACGAGCACUCUCCAGCGACUCAAAGGCUUAACAACCGGCACCCUUCCUGUGUUUAUAGACAUUGGUUCGAAUUUUGCGGGUACCGCCAUUGAGGAGGAUAAUAUUGUGUCACAGAUGAAAGAUGCAGGGAAAACAAUUGUACAUUUGGGAGACGAUACAUGGCAUGCAUUAUUUCCUGGAUAUUUUGACCCAAACAUGACUAAACCAUAUGAUUCAUUCAACGUCUGGGAUUUGCAUACGGUCGACAAUGGGGUCAUUGAGCAUAUCAUGCCGCUGCUCGAUCAAUCUCCUGUUCAAUGGGAUGUUCUCUUUGGCCAUUUUCUAGGCGUUGACCACGCCGGUCACCGCUAUGGACCCCAGCACCAAGCAAUGGCCGAAAAGCUACGACAGAUGAACGGGGUUAUAGAGGAGAUCAUGAAAAAACUCGGCGACGAUACUCUUCUUGUAAUUAUGGGAGAUCACGGUAUGGACGCCAAGGGCGAUCAUGGAGGAGAGUCAGAUGACGAGGUGGAAGCUGCCCUGUGGAUGUACUCGAAGAAGCCACGAUUUGGGAGGACACACCAGGACGCUAUGAUGCCGCCAAAAACUGCCAAAGAGAGACCUGUAGGACAGAUCGACUUGGUAUCGACGCUUUCAAUUCUGCUCGGUCUCCCAAUACCUUUCAAUAACCUUGGCAAGCCCAUUGCCGAAGCCUUUGCAGGACCUGGAAGGACAAACUGGAAGAACCUUGUAAGAGUCGAGCAUCUAGCACAGACCCAGAUUGCGCGGUACCAGGAGCAUUACUCCCAAUCCCGAGACCUCGGACUCGAUGAUGAUGUAUAUCAAGAUCAAACCAUGCAUAUGAGACGAUCGGCAGAAGCAGUGGUGAAUGGCUACUGGGAGGACGCCUACGGUGCUCACGUUGAUUGGCACAAGGAAGUCAUUGGCAUGUACCGAAAGCUAUGGGCCAAUUUUAACUUGGCCGACAUGCUGUAUGGAGUGGUCAUCUCAGGCCUCGCUCUUAGCUUUCUGCUUUUCUUUGCUCGCUUUUCCAAAGCAGACAGGUCCAUCGUUACAACCAGUCUGCUCAGGAGUGCUGGCCUGGGAACUGCUGCUGGCGUAGCAGUCGGCCCAGUGUUGGGCGUUGUGCUACCGACCUAUUUUACCGCUGUCGCCGGUCUUGUGUUUGGCGCCACUGUUGGGGGUAUUAUCAGUGCUGGCGUGUGGUGUUAUCAAAACCGAGUGGCCAAAAAGUUUCAUUUUCCUUCAGCAUGGGGUGGGAUGGCUGUCAUUUUCGUUGUCAGCCAGUCAGCCGGAUUUGCUUCCAAUUCCUACACCAUCCACGAGGAUACUAUUCUCCUAUUCUUCUUGACCACCUUUGGCAUCAUGUCCAUGAUGUCUUCACUGCGACAAGCAUAUCAGGCAGACCGAGUUUUGGGUGUAUACCAAUCAGUAUUGUUCAUACUCUUGGCUCGACUUGCGUCAUUCUCGCGUCUAUGUCGGGAGGAACAGAUGCCAGGGUGUCGAUCGACUUUCUACGCCUCUUCAACUUCCUCGACCUCUGCGCCGUGGCAAUUGUUGAUCCCGUAUUUAGUGGCUUUGAUCUUACCCGAAAUCGUCAAGGCCUUUUAUCGUGGCACGGCCUCUUAUGCUGGCUCGGCGGAGUUCUGGAUAGGCUUCUGCUUGCGCUUGGGGUUAUUACUUGUCGCGGCCUACUGGACACUUGAUGCUGCGGACAAUGGCGAGUGGUGGAGAGAUCGGAUAUCCUCGUCAACUCUUCAAACGAUCAAAAUUACGUUGGCCCGAUGUGCUCUUGCCGUUGCUGUCCCAGUUGGAAUGGGUACUUUUAUAUGGGCCAAACCUUGCAUCGAUAUCUCCAUCGUCGAACCGACAGCUCCGGUCGAUGAAACAGAUGCGCCGGCGCGACCGCAACUUACCAUCUUCGGCUAUGCAAAUGCAUAUGGCAGCCGAUAUUUCCUCAUGAUCCCUACUUUGGUCCUGACUGUGGCUCUCUUGCUUCCACCUAUGGGUCAAUUCACGAUUGCAAUUUGUGCCUGGCAGGUCCUUUGUCUGCUCGAAAUCCUGGACACGAAUGCCCUUAGCAUAACUUCGACCUCGCAAUCCGGCAUUGGACCAAUCAUGCUUGCUCUGCUCGGGUCCUACCACUUCUUCAAGACGGGACACCAAGCCACUCUCGCAUCAAUUCAAUGGAACUCGGCUUUUGUACCUCUCCGCACCAUUCGGUAUCCCUGGUCUCCGCUGCUGGUCAUUUUGAACACGUUUGGUGCACAAAUCAUAUGUGCCGCGGCUGUUCCUCUGACUGUGUUCUGGAAAAGACCAUUGGGUAAAGCUGGACUCAAGGGGUUGUGGAACGAUGUAGUCAAUGCAUGUCUCACGCAUGCGCUGUAUUAUGCUACGAUCCAGCUGGCGACCACGUUGUGGGCAGGACAUCUACGGCGGCAUCUGAUGCUGUACAGAGUAUUUAUGCCAAGGUACUUGAUGGCAAGUGGUGUUCUCUUGAUAGUGGAUGUUGUACUUGUCGUUGCUGCUCUUGCUGGAGCCCGAGUCGUUGGGUUGAGUGUUGGGGAAGUGUUUGGCUAUUAACAUCAGUAUCUACGAGUAUUCCAGACCAAUCAAUGGCUGUUGGUCUCAUCAUGUAGUCGUCCUUGUCGUGUACUCCGAAGGGGUGAUACAGGAACAGCACUGUCUAACCACAAAGGGAAUCCA